UACAUUGAGUUCAUAGUGCAAUAGACAACAUCAUAGAUCUAUGUUUCAAGACUAAUGUUAAAUUUUGAUUGUGUCAUCUGAUUGUGUUCGCAUUAAUUAUUAAUUGAAUUGUAACUUUAUUUUGCUCACAUUAAGGUCACUGCUUUGUGUAAUGGAAGACGAACCUUUGCGAGCACAACGUCCAUUUCUUAUUCGCUUUUUUGAAUCACUUGGACAGCGUUACCAAAGCCUGCUUGAUGCCUGGACUCCCUAUGCCACAGGAAGAUGGAUAUUCACAGCCUUUUUCUUUAUUGUUUAUAUGACAAGAGUUAUAUUAUUAGAGGGGUGGUAUAUUGUAACAUAUGCUCUUGGUAUUUAUUAUCUAAAUCUUCUAAUUGCCUUCUUGACACCCAAAGUUGAUCCAGCUCUAGGAGAUGAUGAUUUAGAUGAUGGACCAAGCCUUCCCACCAGUAGGGAUGAAGAAUUUAGACCCUUCAUUAGACGUCUACCAGAAUUUAAAUUUUGGCAUUCUGCAACUAGAGCUACUGGGAUUGCGCUGUUUUGUACAUUUUUCGAAGCUUUCAAUAUUCCUGUAUUUUGGCCAAUUUUAUUGGUUUACUUUUGUACUCUUUUCGCUAUCACUAUGAAAAGACAAAUCAAGCAUAUGUAUAAAUAUAGAUACCUGCCGUGGACAAGAGGGAAGACAAGAUAUCAAGGGAAACAAGAUACUGGCAAAGUUAUACAGACCAAUACUGCAAUUACAACUGGGGUUGCAAGUGGAUUAGUGGAUCAAGUGUGAUUUCCAUUCAAGAUCUGCACAAUUUUAACAUUGAUGAUUGCGGUCCAAGAACCUGUUUUUUUAAAAAACUAAAACUUAACUUUGGCAUCUAUGAACCUUUAACUUAUUUGGUUAAACCACAAAGCAAAAUUGAGAUGAUAAUGAGGAAAACAGUCAAAGCAAAAGUAAAAAACUCUGUAAAAAAGGACAAUAAAUACUGAGAAACGAGUAAAUGGUAACUACAUUAUCGACACGACAUUUAUCAUUGCAUUAGCCAAAUAACGUGCAAUCCAAAUCCAAUUUAUAACUAAAGGAUGGUAUGUUCUUAAGGCGAUGACUAUCCAACUUCGAUUGUCGCUUUAAGAUCAACACCCUUCUUUCACUUGAAAGUGCAUUUCUUCUCUAUCUAAAAGUCCAUAAUAACUUGUUUGAUAGUGAAAAAGAACCUUUUAAGCUGAAAAAUUUAUAGAAUUAUAACAAAUCUCAUAUUAAAUUUUGCUAUUGCUCAGAUUCUUGAAAUGAAUGAUGAAACUUUCAUGUCCCAGUUCAUCAUUUUGUUGUCUGUUUUCUCAUUGUAUUUUUAAUUUUUGUGUUUUUCCUCCAUCAAAGCAAACUCUCUAUUUCAUCUUUUUUUAAGAUUGUCAAUUCAUUUAUUACUUUAUAUUAUAUUAUAAACUAGAAAAGUAAUAUUAAAAAGGGAAACGAAUAAAAUGUUA